AUGAGCCACGCCGAAGAACAAGGAUUCACAAUCCCCAUACAACUUGGGUUGGAAAAGAGCGAUGCCAACACGCACACACUGCAAGAUGGCGAUGAGACUAACCGUAAGAACAUCACCGAUGAUUCUACGGACGGAUUCCUCAUCAAAAUCACGCUGGACAAAGUCAUCCAUGCAGAGCCCCCGAGCCUGUUGACAUUCAUCGGCCUCGAGUUCCGCUUCGAGGGUAUUGAUGACAGACGUCGAUUCCGCUACGUUGAAGUAAAUAUACGGUUCGAGGAUGUCACUGAUCCUCUCAGCAGCCAGGACCCAGAGGUGGUAGAGCUAUGGCCCAAUGGCCCCCACGUGUGGAAGCAAACCGAUGUUAAUGCAGAGGUCAACAUCAGCGGCAAUAUGGGAAUCCAGGGUGGACCAGGCUGCGUGGGCGGCUCGGCGAAUGGAGCGUGGGCCAAAAAGUCUUCCUACGGCUAUACGGACCAGGCCACUUUCUCUGGUACCGCCCGGCUGCUGGAGAAGAGGGUGGGGAGCAACAACGGAGUCUUCCUAAGACUCAAUGAGAGCCGCCACGGAAAGUCAGGGGUGGUCAAACAGAUCCACACCGGAAUCCUUCUACAACGCCGAGAGGGCACCUCGGCGUUUCGGGCUUAUUUCGAAGUUGAAGCCAAGGCUGACAUGAAGUUUUCCUGGGUGAACGGAUUGAAGAGACUGAGGGGAGUAGAUCACAAAACUGAUCCAGUCAUAUUUGUCCCGGGCAAAAAUUACCUUGGCUGGCAAGACGUGGCGGGCAUCACGGAAGCACAGCCGGAUGCCGCAAUGGUCAGGAGUUAUGGUGACGCCAUGGCAUGGAUUGAAUUGGACCCUGUGAGAAAGUACGAGAGGAAAGGGGGGGAGUGGCGGGAGACAGAAGACAAGACAAAUGUGACAGCAGAUGAAAAAUGA